UCGCCUGACUUCCGUCAUCCCUCCAUCUUAGCGCAGCUAGCUUGUUGCAGCGAAGAACCAAACGGAGGCAGAGCGGAUCAAUUUGGAGCCACGGCGGUUGAUCGGGAUUAUGCGGCGACACUGAUUGCUGUAUCGGCUGAACACACUGUUUCCUCAUCGCGUCCAUCAGCUGUGACGUUGCCUCAGUCUCCAGGGUUUAGUCUCUACCUGGCCUGUAUGCAGCCUGUCCGGGUCCCGGCCUAAUUCCUGGUGGUCCUUACUCUUCCACCACCUCCUCCCUCCUUUCCCUACCCUCCUCCCCCCUUUGCCCCCUCCCUCCAUUCUCCCUCCCACACACACGCACACACACACAAACACACACACACACAUACACAAACACAAACAGACCCCGGCCUGGUGUCACACAGACUGACUACCAGCAUUUAACCCCGGACCGGCGGCCUGGCUGGCUGCCCCCCUACAGGUGGAUGAAUGAAGACCCCAUUCAAGAGCCCAGCGCCCCGCGGCCCCCCCGACCAGACGGGGGACAUUCAGGUGUGUCUGCAAACAUGAUGAAGAAGAAAAACUCACACAAGAAACAGAGGACCAGUGUUGGUCCCAGUAAGACUCUGGCUCAGCCCAGAAGGAAUAUUGUGGGCUGCAGGAUCCAGCACAUCUGGAAGGAGGGCAGUAAGUCGUCCCAGUGGAAGGGGACGGUCCUGGACCAGGUCCCCGUGAACCCCUCCCUCUACCUUAUUAAAUACGACGGCUUUGACUGCAUCUACGGCCUGGAGCUGUACAGCGAUGAGAGGGUGGUGGGGCUGGAUGUCCUUCCUGACAGAGUGGCUCCGGCCCGUGUCAGCGACUCGAUGCUUGCUGAAACUAUGAUCGGUAAAGCGGUGGAGCACAUGUUCGAGACGGAGGACGGGCCAAAGGAGGAGUGGAGGGGGAUGGUGCUGGCUCGAGCUCCCAUCAUGACCGCCUGGUUCUACAUCACCUACGAGAAGGACCCGGUUCUCUACAUGUACCAGCUGCUGGACGACUACAAGGAGGGAGACCUGCGCAUCAUGCCCGACUCAAACGACAGCGUGGCGGCGGAGCGGGAACCUGGCGAGGUGGUCGACAGUCUGGUGGGCAAACAGGUGGAGUACGCCAAAGAGGACGGCGGGAAACGGUCGGGUAUGGUCAUCCACCAGGUGGAGGCCAAGCCCUCAGUCUAUUUCAUCAAGUUCGACGACGACUUUCACAUCUACGUUUACGACCUUGUCAAGACCUCCUAAGAUCAGAAAGCCGGUCCAGGGCCCCCAAAAAGACUAACUGAGACCUGCCUAGAGCCACCGAAGUAACCCCACCGAAAUCCCCCAGUGAAGGAAAACUACAGCUAGGGUUUAAAACAUCCACGAUCUAUAGAGACGCCUGAGACAAACAAUAUUAUUCUUUACUCUUUCGCCUUAAACACAAGGGAAAAAAAUGUGGUUAUGGAAGCCCAGCCCCUCACCAAGACAGGAAAACUAAAACCAGCUCCAAGUCUUCGGGUGUAUCCAGUCCUCUUAUAAUCCAUCAUCAUUGUCCAAAUUUCUUUAGACUCUGUUUGGAUGCUUCCUCCGACACAAAACUGGUAGUGGGCCCCAAAGAAGACCAGGGAUCCUGUGUUAUAUGGAAGAAGUAAAACCUAUAUAGUUUAAUACUAUUUUGGAACAUUUGUGGCAGUAAUACACAAAAAACUUGGCUAAAAUUGAUAAAACAAACACUGCUGGUUGAGUUUGAAAACAGGAUUUCUAGAAGCUGAAAUCUGCGGGGAAACGAUCCUGAGAUCCUCCAGACAAAACAAAAACCCAAAUAUCAUUUGCGCCAGGUCUGAAACUAUUUAGGUAAACAGCAAGACCUCAUCCCCCCUUUCCUGAAACCCUGUCAGACCGCUUGAGAUCUCCGUCGUCAGAGGAAGGGGGACAGACAGGUCCGAGUCUGCCGGGGUUAAUGAAGGGAUGGGACUUUAGAAGACAGAAACCUGUAGAGGAAGAGAAAGCUGACCCAUCGUCUGUCUCCAUCUGUAUUUAUAGAAGGUGUACGUGGACUAUUGUGCUAUUAGAGGUCAAAAUACAGAGGAUUUUACCUAACCUGCCUACCUGCAGGUCACCUGUUAACAAACAAAGACGCUGACUGGAAUAAAGUGUGAAGGAAGCCGUGGAAAAACCAGAGGACACAGAGACAGACUGUUUUCUUUUUACAUUAUUUUAGCGUUUGGCUUUUUUUUUUUUCCCUGUUGCUGCUGAUUCCUACAUUACCCAUAAUGACUUCCAUCAGACAGUGGGAGAGGCUCAGGUGUGUUUGUUUGGCUGCAUCAGUUCGUCCAAAGUGACCCGUGAGCAUUGUUGGCUGUCCUCAUAAACUAGUUAGCUGCUGCUUAAAGAUAGUGCUCUGGGUUGCCGUCCAGAUUCAGUUUUCCGUAGGAAUGCUAAUGAUUCUGGUCCAGAUGAGAACUAGUUCAAGUCAAAGAAAAACUCUUUUUUUUAGUCCUAGAUUAUUUAACAUUUAUAAUCAGUAUAAAAUCAUUACGUAAUGGUUUAUAACAAACUGGGAUGUAGUUGUAAGUAGAUAUAUGUUUAUUAAUGUUAAGUAUUUGUCAACAAUUUUAACUUCUACUAUGAAGACAAUAAUUCUAUGAGUUAUAGUUUUUAAGUAAUACAUUAAUCAACACUCACAUGGUGUGUUAUAAACCUUUAUUACAUGUUUAUUACUGCUUAUAAAUGUUAAAUUAUGUGUUGCGUUUAUCUUGGAGCAAAGACAAAAUGUCUGAAUGUUCCUUUUAAUGGCUUCCUUAGGACAGCUGAUGCAGUAUUGAUCAGUUUAAUAAAAGCCAAAAUGCUGGCACAACUGACAAAUCACUGAACCUGAAGAUAAAACUGUAGCAGUCGUGAUGACCCGCCCCCUGUCUGAGGUGGUCUUUUCUGAUUGGUUGGACUCAAGCACAGAUGUGGUUUGUUCCAAACCAGUCAUCCAGUGUUCAUCUGUUGGAAGUUGAUUUAUAUGUUUUUAUAAAAAAAAAUCUUUUCUCUUCUUCUGCUUUCACAUCAACGCCCUGUAUAGUUACUUCUUUGUUUAUAUGAGCCGGCACAUUCAGAUCGCCUUGUUUUCUUUGUAUAUUAUCUCUUUGUUGGUUUUAUGUCACAUGUCUUCUGAUCUGUGUAUACUGUAUAUGACCCAGUUAGCUGUAGGCUUAUGGCUGAAAUUCAUAUAUCAUCCAAAAUGACUGAAGAUUUUUAUCCCAACUGCACUCCACAGAUCUGUUGGUGUGUAGGAUUAUUUUGUCUUUAACUGUUUGCUGCCUGACAAAUCUCUCCGUUGCUGAAUGGAGUCUGGGUUGGGGCGCUCCUCCCUUGCAAUCACUUCCUAGCUCGCUAUAAACCACUCCUCCUUUUUAACAGUUUAAACUCAGUCAGGGGUUGAUGGAGGAUACUCUAUCUCCCACGAUGCUGUGCUCUUACCUGAUGUAGCUUCACUCACCACAGACAUAACUCUUAACAUUAGCAUAAACAGCCAUGUUGCCUGAUCCACGUCCCGUGUGCCUGAAGGGAAUCGAACAUCUGAAACACUUUUUCUUUUCUAUUCUUUUUUUUAUUGAAUUAAUGUUUCCAAACCAGUGCGUUUUCAUUUUGGAUGCCACCUGUUUUAAAUCUAGAACACUCCUGAUUCAAGUCCAUGAUGUGGGUGCCAGAACAUUUCAUUCAGUUUUGAAGAUGAUUUGUUCUGAUGCUGGAAUCUACACGAUAUUUUUUGAUAUCUUGGAACGUAUUCUAACAACCUGCCCAUUCUAAUUCUGCAACAUGCAAAAUCUUUAACAUGAAAGUUCAGUUUGUUAAUAACACAAAAUUCUCACAAUGGAACGAACCCCCACAUCCUGGUUUGAGAACACUUCUGGUUGGCGAGGACUUCUCAGUGUCAGGCUGUGGUGUUUCAGAACAUUUGUGGAGUGUGUCCCAUCCCAAUGUGUGCAACAUGUAUAGAACCCUCCUCAUUCUGACAAAAAAUGUUGAAGGAAGCACAUGUUCCAUUCAUUAGAUUUCCUAGAACGCAUCCCCCAAAAAACUGUGUGAGUCAUUUUUAUACAAACACAUGUUGAAGGGUGAAUGUGUUUGCUUUCAGCUUCAGAUUCUAGAGAGACUGAGACUUGUUUUGCAGUCUGGUUUGGAUAUGUGCAUUCUCAAGCCUGGAGUCUGGAAUUCUAUAAUCAUUUUUUUUACCACAUUCCUGUUAGAAUCUUUUUGUUGUUGUUGAUUUCCCUAAAAAACACAGCUACAAAUUCUAGAACACUGAGACCAGAACCCAUACGUUCUGAUUCAAGAACACGUCUGGUUUCUGAAUUGAAAAUCUAUUCAAAACAUCUGCGGACCGAGGACAUAAAAGGGCAAAAGGGAGUUAUUAACUUGACUUGGCGUUUAGAUGUCAAAACUGUAACCACAAUUAAUAGUAUUGUAAUCACAGGAAAACAUAUGACCGAGGAAACAUCUACAGUUUAAACGGUCAGAGAGCACACCGUGUUGUUUGUUUGUUUCAGGUAGAAAUGUUUGGUUGAUCUGCUAGCUAGCUCUGCCUUGCUCCUGUCCCCGGUUCUCUCCUCUGUUUCUUUCAUCUUUACUCCAGUCACCAAGGAAACAAACAGAAGUUCUUGGACUGUUUGUCUUUCAGUCCCAUUCAGAGAAAGCGGCCGGUGUCCGCUGAUCUAGUCUCUGCUGCCGUUUUAACCGCUUAAGUUAACCUGGAUGCCCACAAUGCACCUGGCUUCAGAGGAUGUUUAGACCGUAGUCCGACUCCUGGGCGUUGGAUGGGGAUGGGGGGGAGGCAACCAGUGUCUGCGUGGAUAUCUUCACCCUUCAUGAUGUGGAUCAUCAUUAGUCGUCCGUUCAGGAGGCGACGCGCUGUUCGUAUUUUACAAAUAACAUUGAAGUGUGUGUAUGUGUAUGUGCGUGUGUGCGUGCGUGCGUGUGUGUUGAUCAGCCCCUGUUCAGAGAAGUGUUGUUUUUGCAUGCCUAUAUAGCUCGGUGUAAAUCGAUGUGAGUUGCAUGUCUGUGUAGUUUUCAGUUGUUUGGCUGACUUCUAUCUGUUGUGGCUUUUCGUGCCUUUCGUUUGAUUUCUCCGUUUUUUCUUUCCCGUUUUUUUUUGUACCGUGUGUUCCAGAGGCUGCUGUUUUUUGGGGUUAUUGAGCAAAAAAUAGAAAAUGAAAACAAAGAAAAUCCUCCUCCAAACAGAACUGACAGCAGUUAUCAUGAGGUGAUGACGGGUGUGAAUUCGGUUUCAAGGUGGAUUGUCCCUUUAAAGUGUGCCAACUACAGAUGCCAGUGUUGUACAGCAGUGAAAAGCUUACACUAUUUACUAAAAUAAACCAUUUCUCUGUUUUUU